CGGGCUCCCGGUCCCCUCAGGGGCCGCCGCCAUCUUCCCCCGCCGCCGCCGCCAUGCCGGAGGAUCACGACUGGGAGGCGUACAAGGUGCCGCCGACCCGCACCCCCGUCUCCGAGAGGGCAACGUCGGUGCCCAAUCCCAUCGAUUACUUCCAGACCGCCUUCCACUAUGUCCUCGACGCGCCCGUCACCUUCAUCCGAGGCUGGAUCGAGCGGUGGCAGAACAAGGACAAGUUCUACUACUACCACCAGAAGUUCCGCCGUGUGCCUGACCUGAGCCAGUGCCUGGAGGGUGACUACCUGUGCUACUACGAGGCCGAGGCGCAGUGGAGGAGGGACAGGAUGGUUGAUCAGGAAAUCGUGGAAAUAAUCCGGGAAAGGAUGGCUGCGUGCAAGCAGAGGGAAGGGCCAAACCAGUUCCAGAACUGUGCCAAGGAGAUGGAGCUGCUGGCACAGGUCACCAAGGCCUACCAGGACAGAUACGGUGAUCUGGGUUACCAUGGCAAUGCACGGACAUGCCUGAUGAAGCAGAAGCACAGGAUGAUGGAGGAGAGGAAAGCAGCACAAGAAAAUCAGUAAAGCUACAACAGUUCCUCUCUCCAUGGUGCUGGUAGCCCAGUGCAUGCUGCUUCCUUAGCCUGCACAAUAAACAGACAUCUGUACA